GUACCGAGAUAUAUGUGGAAAUAACCUAAAGAUAUUUGGUGGUUAUCCGAGUUGGCGUCCCAAGAAAUUGCCUGGUUCAGGUGGCCGCAGUUCGGGAGAACCGGUGGCAGCAAGCUUCAAACUGAUCAGAGAAGAAAAAAAUGGCGGCGUUGAAAGGGUUAUUGAAAAAAGGUUUAGGAGAAAUGGAUUUCAACACCGGCGGAGGACUCAUAAACUGGUUCCCGGGACACAUGGCAGCCGCCACACGCGCCAUCCGCAACCGCCUUAAGCUCGCCGACCUCGUCAUCGAAGUCAGAGACGCUCGUAUUCCGUUAUCCUCCAUCAAUGUCAAUCUUCAACCUCACCUUUCCGCCAAACGACGUGUCAUCGCACUCAACAAAAAAGACCUGGCCAAUCCCAACAUCAUGCAUAAAUGGGUGAAAUAUUUUGAGACGAGUAAGCAAGAUUGCAUUCCGAUUAAUGCUCACAGUAAGAGUUCUGUUACGAAGCUUCUGGAACUUGUAGAGGUGAAAUUGAAGGAAGCGAUUUCGAAGGAACCUACUUUACUUGUUAUGGUUGUUGGUGUUCCGAAUGUUGGCAAGUCUUGUUUGAUUAAUUCCAUUCAUCAGAUUGCGCAUUCUCGAUUCCCCGUGCAGGAGAAGAUGAAGCGAGCUACUGUGGGUCCACUACCUGGUGUUACUCAAGAUAUUGCAGGAUUUAAGAUAGCAAACAAACCGAGCAUAUACGUCCUAGAUACCCCAGGGGUUCUGGUUCCAAGUAUCUCAGACAUAGAGACAGGGUUAAAGCUUGCUCUUGCAGGGUCUGUUAAAGAUUCAGUGGUGGGCGAGGAACGAAUUGCUCAAUACUUUUUGGCAGUUUUAAAUACCCGGGGUACUCCAUUUCAUUGGAAGCACCUCAAUAAUAGGAGAGUUGAUGGGAUUGCAAAUGAAGCCGAGGAAAAUCAUAGAUAUGACCUGAAAAAUCUUAAGCAAAGGAGAGGUCAGCCUAACAGAUCUGACUUGGUAUAUGUGGAGGAUAUUGUGUUGGGAGUUCACCGUGCACUCUAUUCGACUCUAGCAGAAUUCGAAGGCAACGUAGAAGAUGAGGGUGACUUGGAGAACUUGAUUGACCUGCAGUUUGGUGCACUACAGAAGGCAUUGAAGAUACCUCACAAGGCUUCAGAAGCACGUUUGAUGGUAUCCAAAAAGUUCCUUACUCUAUUCAGGGCUGGUAAACUAGGACCUUUUAUUCUUGAUGAUGUCCCUGGUGUUAAGCCUGUAUAAAAAAUAUACACAACCCGUCUUAUUUGUAUCACAUGUGCUAUGGGGAAUUUUGCUGUAACUUGCAAAUAGAGAUGGUUUUAUAAUCGAUUCUCUUUCCUGGUGAAUGUGUAUCACAUUCCACUAUUCCAGUCUAGUCUCAACAAAAUUGAUAAGUUGUAUGAA